AUGGCAUCUCCUUCUCUUCACAGGGAGUCACAGGUUUCAUUGUUUUUCACCAAUCCUGAUAUUAAUGCCUCUUCUGGACCAAACCUUUUGGUGGAUAUUCAGGCCAGUCUCCAGCCCCCUCCCAUUAAGGCUCAUAUUAAAGGCCUCUAUGAUAUCCACAGAGAUGGUGUGUCUGAAUCCACAAGAAGUCUGGAGGAUCAGGCUUCUCCUGAUGACCCAAACAUGAGAGCUGUGGACUUUGAGAAUCGAUACACAGAGCUUAUGGUUAUUGGUCAGUACCGAAGGACCUAUAGUGAGAGGCACCAUGAACUUGUGAAGAUGGGGAAGACUCAUGCAAAGCUGAUAGAGGAGCGGACAAAAGAGAAAUGUGAGCGAAUCUGGACUGAGCAGCUUUUUAGGAGGAGUCCAGGAAGUGAGAUAGACUCUCCCAUUGUAGUGGUCAGUGGGGUGGCUGGAAUUGGGAAGACCACCAUGGUCCAGAAGAUCAUGUUUGACUGGGCCAGAGGCACUCAGUACCAGAGGUUUGCAUUUGUGUUCUUGUUUAAAUUCAGGGAGCUCAACCUACUAGACACAGAGACAGAACCACAGAUGCCUCUGACCAGGCUGAUUGUAAGGCAUUAUAAAUAUCUCAAUGACCCGAGACUGAAAGAAAUCCUGCAGAAACCUGAAUCUCUCCUCUUUAUAUUUGAUGGACUAGAUGAGUACAAACACAAACUGGACUUCACACAGAAGUGGCUCUGCUCAAACCCAGAGGAUGACUAUUUUCCAGUUAAUAUCCUGGUCACCAGCCUAGUCAGAAGGACAUUACUGAAGGGCUGUACAAUCCUGAUAACCACCAGACCAACAGCCCUGGAGACCCUGGACAUGGAGAGAGUUGAUCAAUUUGCAGAGAUCCUGGGGUUCUUCCCUGAACAAAGGCUGAUGUACUUUAAGAAGUUCUUUGGUGACGCUGAUCGAGGCUCAGAGGCUUUUCAGUACGUGGAGGAGAACGCCAUCCUGUACACCAUGUGCUUCAACCCCUCGUACUGCUCGAUUAUCUACUCUGUGCUGAAGAGCCACUACAUGACACCUGAAGAAGAGCGAGGAGCUGCCCCCAGAACUGUCACCGAGCUCUUUGUGAUGUUCCUACACAACAUCCUCACUAAUCACAAGAGAGAAGCCAAGGACCAGCAAGAGAUUCUGGUCAAAUUAGGAAAGAUGGCUUAUUAUGGGGUGGCCAACAGAAUUCUUGUGUUUUAUGAUAAGUUUGAGAUGUCCACCUUUGGUCUCCAGUCAGUUCUGUCCUCUGCAUUCCUCUCAGGGUUCCUCAAAGAAAUCCUUCAGAGAGAAAGCACUCUGGAGCACACGACGUACACAUUCUACCACCUCACCCUGCAGGAGUUCAUGGCUGCCUUAUCAUUUUACCUCGAUUCAUCAGGAGCUGUUGAGGAGCUGCUUGAGAAGUUGGACUCAUGUGAAGAUGGACGUUUUGAGAUUCUCACUCCAUUCCUGGCAGGACUGGCCAGAGAUUCUGUGUUUAAAACACUGGGGGGAGUCCUGGGGAAGUUGGAGAGGAAGACUGCAAAGCGAAUACUGGAGUGGGUGAAGAAUAAAGCUGAACAGACACUAUGGAGACGAGAUAAAAGUGAAGCUCUGCGAGUGUGUCAGUGGCUCUAUGAGGCUCAGAAUAAGAAAUUAAUCCGAGACGCCAUUGGGAAGGAUUUGAAGAUGGAGUUUAGUAACAUGACUUUAUCUCCUCUGGAUUGUGCUGUGCUGGGCUCUGUCAUCAGCUGCUGUGGAGAACUUGAGGAGCUUGACCUGUCAAAUACCAAGCUCACCACAGAGUGCAUCAGGAGACUGGCGCCGGGGCUCAUCUGCUGCAGACGAGUCAAUCUGACCUCAUGCCAACUUUCCACUGAAUUUUGCUCAGCUUUCUCCUCGGCUCUCUCUGCUGAGCACUCACGACUGAAUGAGUUGGACCUAAGUUGGGGUUUCCUGGGGGAUUCAGAAGUGUUUGAGCUGUGUAAGGACCUGAGGGAACCAAACUGCAAAUUAGAGAAACUGAGGCUGUCCUCAUGCCGCCUCACUUCCAGAAGUUGCUCAGCUCUCUCCUCAGCAGUCUCAUCUCCACACUCCCAACUGACUGAACUGGAACUGAAUGGCAAUAUACUGUACGAUUCAGGAGUCAAGAGGCUCUGUGAGGGGCUGAAGAGUGAAAACUGCAAAUUAGAGACACUGAGGCUUUCUGAAUGUUCUCUCACCUCCACAUGUUGCAUAGAUCUCUCCUCAGCUCUCUCUGCUCUACACUCACCACUGACUGAACUGGACUUGCAUGGCAAUAAACUCGAGAAUUCAGGAGUGACUGAGCUUUGUAAGGGGCUGAGGAGUGAAAACUGUAAACUAGAGGAACUGAGGCUAACCAUAUGUCGUCUCACCUCUGGAUGUUGCUCCGCUCUCUCCUCGGCUCUCUCUGCUCCACACUCACGACUGACUGAGCUGGACCUGAGUGACAAUGAACUGGAGGAUUCAGGAGUGACUGAGCUGUGUGAGGGUCUGAGGAGCAAAAAUUGUAAAAUAGAGAGACUAAGCCUGUCUUCAUGUCAUCUCACCUCCAGAUGUUGCUCAGCUCUCUCCUCGGCUCUCUCUGCUCCACACUCACAACUGACUGAGUUGGACCUAAGUGGCAAUAAACUGGGGAAUUCAGGAGUGAAUCAGCUGUGUGAGGGGCUGAGGAACAAAAAUUGUAAAAUAGAGAGACUGAGUCUGGCCUCAUGUCAUCUCUUUUCCACAUGUUGCUCAGCUCUCUCCUCAGCUUUUUCUGCUCCAUGCUCAAGACUGACUGAGUUGGACCUGAAUGACAAUAACCUGGAGGAUUCAGAAGUGGCUAAGAUGUGUAAGGAGCUGAGGAACAAAAACUGCAAAUUAGAGAAACUGAACCUUUCUGAAUGUCACCUCACCUCUGGAUGUUGCUCAGCUCUCUCAUCAGUUCUCUCUGCUCUACACUCACGACUGACUGAGCUGGACCUGAGCAUCAAUCAACUAGGUAAUUCAGGAGUGACUGCGCUGUGCAAAGGGCUGAGGAGUGAAAACUGCAAACUGAAGACACUGAGCCUGGCCUCAUGUCAUCUCACCUCCAGAUGCUGCUCCACUCUCUCCUCAGCUCUUUCUGCUCCACACUUACAGCUGACUAAACUGAAUUUGGGUGAGAUUGACUUAAAAGAUUCAGGAGUGACUAAGCUGUGUGAGGGGCUGAGGAGCACAAACUGCAAAUUAGAGAAAUUGCGGGUGUUCUCUUUUGGGAAUAGUGAGAAUGUGAAAAGGAACCUGAAGUCACUACAGGAGGAGUUGAUCAGAUCAGGACGGCGGAUAGACAUCAGUGAAUUUGAAGACCAGAGUUGUGACCAAACUGACCUCCCAGUGAUGGCGCCUCCUGGCAGCUGAUUUCCUCACUGGCUCUAUUGAAUGUUUCCAUUUGGACUUUCCCCAACUUUUUCUUUUAAAGUUUUGACUAAGAAUUUUAUUUGUCCCCAGGAGGGAAAUUUGGCUUUCUGUAGAAGCUCUUUAAAUAAAUAAAUACAAAAAUAGAUACUGUAGAUAGACAGGCAAAGACAGAAUGAUAACCUGGGUAUUCCAUUAGGCCUAGGUCUGUACAGAAGGAUUUUAAAUAUUCCAAAAACAGAGUUCAGUUUUGCCUCUCAUGUUGGUGUUCUGUGAAGAUACGUUAUCUCUGUGAUUGGAGACAAGUGCAAAUGGAAAAAGAAAUGCUGAGUGUUUUGUGUUACUGAGGUGUGAGCAUUAAUUAAAAUACAAAGCUUUGCUCUUUAUACUUUAUUUUUUUGGGUGCCACUUGUGAGCCAUGAGGUUUUUUGUUUUUUGCUUAUUGUUUACCUGAACAGGUGAAAAUUACUUAAAAGUAGUUGCAGAAAACAGCAAGUCCGUAAGAAAAUAAGUUACAUCAAAGUAAUGGACAGUUAAAAGUAACAGUGAUUCCUUAGUGGAAAAUAGUUAAGGCAAAUAAAGAAUAAUUGAAUAGAAGAACUUGUAGCAGUCGUACAGAAAAGCUUGGUGCUAGUAGAAAGGGAGGGGAGGCACUUUCAAUCCUUAGGUAGAAAGCAUUUAUUUUAAGCACCGUACAGGUAGACGGUUGACUUGAAAAUUAUUAAGAGAGGGCUC